CCUAUUUGUAACCAUAUUUGUUUCCGUAUGCGUCUAGCGACCGUUUUUUAGAAUUGUCCUAUUUUCGAUCACCAAUGCUGUGGGUCUGUUACUGUUCCAUAGAAGCCAUACUGCAGACAAAAAAUACAGCAACUUCUUGACGUUUCUUUGACAUCUUGUUGAAGAUUAACAGAAGAUAUAUUAUUUUUAAUUCAUAAUUAUAUAUUUUUGGGUGGGUGAACUGCCCAUCGGUGUCAAUCAGUUAAAAAUAAAUGUCGGUGAAGGAAAUGUCCGGCCACAAUGAAGGAUCGUCAACCCACUCAGUCUUCAAAUUGUAGGGAUCUGGCAAGGUUUUACCGUUUCCCUGAUAUCUCAGCUUACUCACGUAUAUUUGUCGGGCCUCAGGUGAUAAGGAUUGAGCAUAAUCGGACAAUUUCACGAAAGGAUAGUUCGCAUUGCUAUCAUCAGCCAUUGUUCCUCAGGUUCCUCUUGCCAACCAGCGCCGUAAUCACGUGACUUCGUGACGUCACUAUUUGUAAACACUGGCGUCUCCCAUCCCGAGAGCCCUCACUGAAGACACGAAGACCCUCAUUGUUUCUCCCAUUGUCAAUAAAACAUACUAUUUCAUUCAUCAAAGCAUAAUGAGUUGCUAUUCUUGAAUAUAUAUUUUGUGCAUGUCUUAAAAUGGUUAUAGUGAGUCAACUCCUGCCUCAUCAGAAGUGGCUGGACACUAUCUGCUGAAUGGACUGUUGUUACUCUGCUUUUCAAUAACUCCCAGACUGCGUGUAAGUGAAUCAGAGAAAUAUAGACAUUGUCUGGAAAUACAAUAAUCCAGCUGGGCAAAAAUUAACAUCUUCAAUCAUCUUACAUUUCUGUGUAAAAGUCGAUUUUCCAUGCUAACACGAAUGUGAAACAUUCCCUCCAAAACCCCAAAAGUGUCUUUAAUAUGUCACCUUACGGCUCAAAAUGUAAAACUGACAUUUACAUACAUACUCCAAUGAAUUAAUAAUCAAACAAGUACUUGGAGGUGUGAUUUUAUUCCUUUUUUUACCGUGAAAUCACCGCUCUCAGUCCCAUAGAAGGAAAUGACAGCGCUGCCUGUUUGGAACUAUUUAAGCUUACGUGAACCACGUGACCGCCCCGCUGCGAGAGCAUGAGUGUCGCAACUCUUACUAUCUCGAGGGCUCUGGUUUACGCCUGCUCGGACCAUAACGGGAACUUCCCCUCUGGCACCUUUACGCAAUAAAAGCGCACAACGGUGAAGCCUCGCCCACUUCAUUUUUGUCUAGUCCGGACCACCAACUGACAACCCCGAUCAGAUCAGUGCCAGGAAGGCGUGCUUGGUACGUAGAGUGAGAUUUCUGCUGUUAUUUUGAAACAUUACUCACGAUUUGAGCUGGAUAUCCAGAUUUCUGCCUGAGUUUGGAGUGGUGUCAGUUGAUUUGGAUGCUUCGUAACAGGACAACCACAGUGCUGAGCCCUCUGCUGGACAUGAUGCUGCUGCUGCUGCUGUUGACGGUUUCUACUCUCUUCUCUGGCUCAUCUGCUGACGUACAUGAAGUCUGCUAUGGCAAGAGUUUUUCGUUACCGCCGGAAGUUAUCCCUCCUUUAUACAAAGGACCAGUGAUCUUGAUGCCCAGUCGAGGGGGACCCAUGAGAACAGUGAUGGAUAACGGGAUGGCAAUAGAACCACGCAUCGAAAUUUCCCAUUCCUCAGCAACUUUGACAGAUCUGAGAUAUAGAGAUGAGGGGGUUUACAUGAUCGAACCCCCUGGACAGCAUCAAUACUCGACUUUCACGCUGAAGGUUUUGGAUUGUGCCGAGGAGGUUGAAACAUAUUACGGGGAAACAAGGAGCCUCUCUUUGCCUGAAAAAGCUGAAAUCCUGGAGAGCGCUCCCCUAAACAGUCUGAAUCCACCAGUGGUCCUGUGGAAUCGUAUCAAUCCUCAGGUCAAACGUGUACGCAGAGGACAGGUGGACCAAAAUUUCUGGCAAGUUGAAAACGGCCCACAGUCAGAAGAUGGCUUCUACAACAUCGGGCAGAAAGACAACACUUUGCUGUCCAGGACACAUCGCAAUGUAAAAGAAGACGUCAGACACUAUACUAAACAUGUGGACGAAUACCUGAUCAUUGAAUAUCCGUGGGACAACGGCACAUGGCUUGUGAAUUUUCAGCCUAAAGGGACAACUAACAAUAUAACACUGAUCAAGGAUGGCCUUAAGCAACUGGAAGACUGGUUCGACUGGAGAUUGGAGAUACUGAGUGCAGGCAUAAAAAUAGUUGUUUUGGAAAUCAAAGACUCUGGCACUUUUGAGUUCAGAGACAAGAAAGGCGACCUGGUCUUGGUUGCACACUUGGAGAUGAAAGAAAAGCAAGAAGACGAUCCUCCUCCUCCUCCCUUAUUGUUAGUUUACAUCAGUGUAGCCUUCUUGUUAGGAGGUCUGUUGUGUUGUUGGUUCACUCGUAACAUGAAGUGCUGGAAGAAAUGCUGCAGAAGAGACCAGUCUGCUCCUCAGACUGCAGCACCACCUGCUGCACAUUAUCAUAAUGAGAGUCAGUCUGCAGUCUGAAGUUACUCAGCUGUACCGUCUUCUUCAGCUCAGCCUGAGAAUCCCCUGCAAAAACCCACGGCUGAUGAUCAUGAAUGCUUGGUGCAGCACCACCCAGUGAGUGUCCUUUUAACUCCCUCUCCUACAGUGCAGGUUGCUCCUUGAGGAGAAUCUGCUCCAGCUGCCUCGAACGUUCUCUCCUCAGAUUCUGAUCCACAGCUUGAGCUGGCUUUGCCCUCUUCUCUACCCCUCAGCUCAGACUCAGCUCACUGUGACGUUUACACCUCAGAGAAAUUAAAGUUUCUGUAAAGAGCGUGCUGAAAAUUCAAUGAUGAUUAUAUACAUUUAGUUUGUCCAUUUUAGCUCUUGAUUGCGUUGUGUAAUAUUCUCACAUUAAUAUUUCGGUCUUUGCUAGUAAGUUGUGGUGAUGGAUGCAUAGUCAGAGACCUUUGUUUACACUGUGUUGACUCAUGGCCAGACUUCUUAAAACUGUUUUAUAUCUUCUUUGACAAAAAAAAAGCUGCAGUUAUUUCUUUUAGUAAAAAAAAAGUUUCUAAAUGUAUUUUUUUAAUAACUAUUAACUGUUAUGUUACAGAUUUUCUCUGUUGUAUUAAAAUACAGAUAUAUAGAAAAGUCACAGAAAAAGUCUAAAUUUAUAUGUUGUUGUAAAAACACAGGCUACAAGUUUUAGUGUUUUUUAAUGAGAUUUUUUUCUCUUGGAAUUUUUUCCCCAAACAUUUGCUGUGUUUUAUAUAAAAUAUAAUUCAAUUUCAAAGAUAUGUUCAGGACUGAAAAAUGACAAAUACGUUUUUGAAACUGAUAUUUUAUUUUUCCUGUUUUGUUGAAAAAAACAGACCAUGUCUAGUAAAAUCACAAAAAAGUAUAAAUUUACAUAUCAAACUAUAUAGUUUAAAACAAUCCAAAACUUCACAUAGUCUGUGUUUUUCUACAAAUACUAAUUGGUUUACAAAAUGUCAUGCAAACUUAUUGUUUUUAACUUUUAGAAAGCUAAAAAAAUAGUAUUUUUUCAGGUAUUGCAGUUAUUUUCAGAUUUGAAAUGUUACAAUAUUCCACAUUUUUUUAAAUGCAGUUUAAGUUAAAUUGUUUUGGGGUUUUUUGACAUCCUUUCUGCCUCAUUGUCACAGUGGUUUGUUUUUUUUCCCUCAGAUUUGUUUCUUAAGUUGAGAACAAAUCAGUACGUUCAGUUCAUCCAUUUAAUCAAUCAGUUUAAAAUAUUUUAAUUGUUUUUUUUCUAAGGUAGGACAAAAUAACUCUCAGUCAGUGUUGUUUGUAAGCUGCAGUUGUGUUUCAAGAGUAAACUGUCAUAAUCAGUUUUUGUCCACUAUGGAAUAUUUGUGCAUUUUCCAUACUCUUAUCAACAACUUGAAUGUAUAGUUUGCACAUAUUAAUGUUUGCUUUGCCUUUCUCCUCUUGCCAGGGAUUUCACAUAUGAUGAUAAAAUGUUUUACUUACUGUUAUCAACUAUUUUAUAGGUUGCUUCAUAUCUGUGUCAUAAGCCUUCAGCUCCAUAUGACAUGAAUCUCUCUGGUUUUUAUCAUUACACUGUAAGGAAUGCUGUUAUUUCAUUUGUUGUCUUUUUUGUAAAAAUGCAUUUUCUGCAUGUGGAAACUAUUUGUUUAUUUCUUUGUGGGUUUUUUCCUUAUGAAUCCUGUGUGAGCUGUGGGUUUUAUUUGAAGCUCUUCUUGGUGCCUUAAGAAACACGUUUCAGUCAUGAAAAUAAAAAUAAAUGUAAAAAUUCA